AUGGCGAAGGGCGUGAAAAGCCCCAAGGGCAAGAAGAUCACCCUCAAUGUGGCCAAGAACUGCAUCAAAGUCACGUUGGAUGGGAGGAAGCGCCUGGACCUAAGCAAGAUGGGACUCACCACCUUUCCCAAGUGCAUCUUGCGGCUCAACGAAGUGGACGAACUCGAUCUUAGCCGCAACCUGAUCCGCAAGAUCCCAGACUCCAUCUCCAAGUUCCAGAACCUGCGCUGGCUGGACCUGCACAGCAACUACAUCGACAAGCUCCCUGAGUCCAUCGGCCAGAUGACCACCCUGCUCUAUCUCAACGUCAGUAACAACAGGCUCACCACCAACGGCCUGCCUGUGGAGCUCAACCAGCUCAAGAACAUCCGCACCAUGAACUUGGGCCUCAACCACCUGGACAGUGUGCCCACCACACUGGGAGCCCUCAAGGAGCUCCACGAGGUCGGCCUGCACGACAACCUGCUGAGCUCCAUCCCCGCCAGCAUCUCCAAACUCCCCAAGCUGAAGAAGCUCAACACGAAGAGGAACCCCUUCCCCAAGACGGAGGAAUCAGACAUCUUCACGGAUGCCAUCAAAAGGCUGGAUGGCUUAUUCCUAGUAGAGGAAAAGGACCUGUGUGCCAACUGCCUGAGAAAAUGCCAACUGGCCCGCGACAAGCUCAACAAAAUCAAGAACAUGGCCACGUCCACCCCGAGGAAGGCCAUCUUUUCCAGUUUGGUUUCACCCAACUCUUUGGCCAAGGAGUCCCAGGAAGACUGGAGGUGA